CAUCAGCUAACAUGUUUAGUGCUGUGUGAAAGACAACCCGAUCAAGCAGAAACCUCCUGAGCAAUGGAUCUAAAACAUCUUCUCUCACUCAAAAUAGUUUUCUUUCUGCAGGCAGUGCUCAUCAACACUUCUGCUCAGAUUUGUUCAGCCCCACCCCCAGUGGAAUUUAAGGAGAACAACACUAUUGGUGAAACAGUUACCACAAUAAGCAUUCAGGAAGGAGUCAGCCUUAAUAUUACAGAAAAUCCCCACAAUGCUUUCGGAAUAAAUGGCAAUUUGCUCGUAGCAAUCAUAGUACUGGACUCUGAGAUUCUGCAAGAUGAAGGCAUGGCCAUUAAAAUAACCUGUAUGAAGAAUGGGACAGAUCCGCAAACAAUAAACGCAAUUGUGUUUGUGGUAGACGUCAACGAUAACCCUCCAGUUUUUGCACAAAACUUGUACACUCUGAAAGUUGAUGAGCUUUCUAAAAUUGGUACACCAGUGGGCACAAUUGCUGCUACAGACCUUGAUGACCAGACCAGACUGUACUACCGUCUGGAAUCUCCAAUGGGAGAAUUUGGACUGCAGACAAAUUCUAAUCCAGAAAUUCUGGUGAAGAAGGUUCUGGAUUAUGAUACUGUUAAAGAAGUUACUCUGAACCUCAUUGCUCAGGACACGCCCUUAUCUUCAACAGAAACAAUAUCUCAUACCGCCAAAACCACCGUCAUCGUCAUUAUCGUAGACAUCAAUAAUCGAUCACCAUGGUUUCAGCCUUGCACAGAGUUCGAUAAUGGAGCAACCAGCAGAAUCUGCCUCAGCUCUGGAUACACAGGGAAUGUCAAAUUAAAUGAACAAACGGCAGGUGCGUUGACCUUGAAGCCUGGUCCAGUGUAUGCCAUUGAUGGUGACAAAGAAAUGAAUGAACCAAUCGGAUACACAAUUAUUGAAGGAAAUAUAAAUGAGUCAUUCAUUAUUAAUCAACAAAGUGGAAAUAUUACAAUGCAGAAGCCAGUAAGCAUAGCAGGAAACAUCAAACUGACAGUCAUGGCAUACGAGUUGGAGAACCGUGACCAGUUUGCAACCACAACUGUUACACUACAAGUUGUAACAAGUAGCAAGCACCCACCACAGUUUGUCAAACCCAAAUAUGAGGGUUUCAUCUCAGAGGAUGUAGGUGUCGGCAGCCUAGUACUGGAAAGCAUGUCCACAAACAUUCCACUACAGGUUCAAGCCACAGAUGCAGACUUCUCUAACGGAGUAAAUCCUGAUAUUAUAUUUGAGGUUCCUGCAGACAGCGACUUUCUCAUCACUCCAGAAGGCUUUAUAAUCAUGAGAAGAGUAGCUUCUCCUGGCAAUGUGAAUUUGCAAAUAAGUGUAGUUGAUGUUACAAAUGGUGAAUCCAGCACAGCAUCUCUCUCUGUAGAAGUCACAACAGGAGUUACUACUACGGACAUGCCCACCACAACCAAUAGCCCUACUUCCACAGCCAUGAAUACAACCAUGGCUACAAGUACUUCCAAAACCACUGACAUGGCUAUAGAUAUUACCACAGACAUAGUUACACAGUUAACCUCCAGUCCUUACACAGAAGGGGUGCCAUUACCAUCAGGAGACUUCAGGACAGAGGACAUGAUAGCUCUGGGGGUGAGUCUGGCUGUAGCGCUACUGCUCUGCUUUGUGGUUAUUGGUUUUCUGGCCUACACUCUAAGACGCUUCAAGUCAGACUGGAAGAAGUUAUCUGAAGCCAGCAUUUUCCAGAGCUCGCUGAGCAGAGGUCCUAAAGAUGGAGUGCAGUACACCAAUGAGGACUUUCAGGGUGAUGAAGACAUAGACAGUGUGACUUCGAAAGAGGCAGCAGAGUUGCCAUUGCCACGAGGCCCGGAGCUGAGACGCAGCAUUCCGGAGAUGCAGCACAGUGUUCCUCCAUUGGAGACGCAGCACAGUGUUCCAAACAAGAGCAGCGAUGACAGCUCCACUCUUCCUACAGUCUCCAGCAGCCAAAAUGCCUUAGACAACACAGAUGAUGAGAAAGAGGUGAAACCCAUUCUCACCAAGGAGCGGCGCAUGGAAGAAGGCUACAAAGCUGUGUGGUUUAAGGAAGACGUCAACCCUAAUGACAAGGAGGAAGUGGUAAUUUCUGAGAGAGACCAGGACUUUAACCAUGAGGAGGAUGAUUCUGAUUAUGAUUUUGAUGAGGAGAAUGUUGAUGAUGAUGAUGAUGAUGAUGAUGAAUAUAAUGCAUAAAUUAUAGCAGGAUAUUAGUGUUGCUGUUUAAAAAUAUUGACUAUUUUCAUAUAUUUUGAAUUUAUUAGUACAUAUUGUUAAUCUUUGCCUUAGCCUUUCCAUUUAAAUUACAUAAUCAUUCUGCAUCAUGCAAUAUGUACUUUUUGCAAAAAUAACUAACAAAAUAAUAAGAGUUUGAGAUAGAGACAGUGAUUUAAGAUAUUUAUGUCAUCAAACAGAAGGACAUAAAUGGAUAAUAAAUGUGAAGGUUAAGACUUACUGAAUCUGUACUGAAUGUAUAAUUGUGUUUCAGUGUUUAUAUGAUAAGAUACACUGAUGUUAAGAGUGCCCAGAAAUUGAGUGCCCUUGGGUUAUAUGGGUUAUAAUAAAUGACUUAUCUAAUUGAAAAUGACCUUUAAUCAUUUAGCAUGAGAAGCUUUAUGGGUUUUUAUUCCUUAUUGGUUUUAAUCCACACUGAUGAGGUUACUUAAAGUCGACAUGUUCAUAUACAUGAACUAUGUAAAAAUAAUUGCCAUUAAAUCAGCUAUUGAUUAGGAGAAGAAACAGUCUUUUUUUCUCCUCCGACACAGCAGACCAGCACAGUUGUAGCUGACACAUUCACACUUUCUUUUUUAAGCUAAUUAGAAAACAACAGACUGCCUGAGAAUGCUCCGGGUGUUGCGUGUCAUAAUAAUGAGGCAAAUGAUGAGGGAAAAUUGAAUCAAUUACAUUUACAAACAGCGGUUAAUGAAAAAGAAAUCGUUCAUUAGCCUGAACAUCACAAAUCUAACACUUUAUUGUUUGAAUGUUUGUCUAUGAGCCCGAAUAAAUUAUAUAUAAUCUGAUUUUACUGGUUUUGCUUUAAAAGAAAUCUGU